UGUGCGGCUCUCGUGCAGUGAGGACGUCUCUUCUACUAGUGCAAUAAUAGAAAGUGCUUAAAGUUGAUAGUUUUUUAUAUUCAAAGUGUUCCUAAGCGCAGUGGAUUAGUCAUUGUUUGGAGAUCUAAAUCAUCACGCACUUAAACCUAAUUUGGAUUUUCAGUCCAGACGCCAAUUGGAAUCGAGGCAGAAUCAACGGAAGGCACGCAUCAAAAUGGCAACUGCUACGCAUCAUUCAAUUGCCUUGCUGCUCCUAGCUCUAAUUAGUGUGGGUCUUUGGCAAACAACUGCAGCAAUCACCAUGGAUGACCUUGGUGGCACCAUGAAGUCCAUAAUCUACUCCUACAAUCAGCUGGACAACAAGUUGCAGCGUCACGAGCAUCGCGAACGUGCCUUGGGUGAGAUUUUAAAAACAGCGCUGCAGACGCUGCUUAAGGGUCAAAAGAACCUCGAGCCCAUCAAUGGCAUCUUUACGCGUCUGGAUGAGCGUGUUAGCCAAAUUGAAACCAUGCUUAUAACACAAGAGGAGAAAUACAAUGCGCAGUCGGACAAGUUUAAUCAGGCUGUGGAUCACAUGUUCAAAUGGAUGCGUGAGAAUGAUGAGUGCUUUAAAAAUCCACCAGGUGCUCCCAAGGUUAUUGCUGCACCCGCCGCCGCCGCCGCCGCUGUGCCCAACGCUUUUGUUGAGCAGCAGCAGAAGUUGAACAAGCAACUGCUGGACGAACUAAAGCAACUCUCUGGCAGCGUGGCCAAGCUUUUGGAUACCAGCAAGCAGGCAGCUACGGAUACACAAAAGAGCCUUGAACGCUUGUGCCCCGGAACUGAAAUUGAUACUCAAAUCGAAGCCAAAACAAAUACUAAAACCACAACUUAAACAAUUGCUGCGCCACCCAAGAGCAACCCAUUCGAGUCGCAGCUGCUGGCACAGCUCAACGCGCUGAGCAACAAUGUAACACAGCUUUGUGGUGCCACGCCCACAGUUACGCCAGCUGGACUCAGCCAGCAGGAUAAAUCUUACAUGCAGGAGCUGAACAAUGAAACGCUCAACGCUUUGGCUGCGCUGAAGUCUGAAGCUGGCGUCGCACAACAAAAGUCCUUGCAGCAAAGCACGGAGCAGCUGCAGCAGGUGGAGGCCAACAUACAAGGCGAGCUGAAGUCAUUGUCCACCGAUGUCGGCUUCCUUAACAGCUUCAAUAAGGAGAUCAAUGCCAGUCAUAGCAAGUUGAACGAAGGCUUCGAUACGCUGAGCAAGUUCAAUAAUAUCAUGAUGACCAACUCGGAGGUGGUGCUGGAGACGCAACGCAAGGUGGAGUUUGGCACGCUGCAAAUUGUGCAAAAGGUGAACACGCUGGUGGAACAGCAGGUGGCUGAGCUGACGACGCUGCUGAAGCAACGCUUUACUGCGCUGGAUGAGAGCAUGUUGCAUACGCAGCUGGAGGCGAGUCGCAAUAUAAGCGGUCUGCUGGAAUCCGAUCUCACCAAGGUCUGGCAUCGCAUUGAGAUUAUGAACAACGAAAUCAGACAGAGCCGUGAGCUGCUGAUACUGAUGCAGUCUGUGCAUGAUGGCUAUGUCAACGGCACCUUCAACACCAUGAUGGGCUUAAGCAGCAAGGUGGAGGAGACCAAGAAGCAUAUGAUUGAUAUGGACACCAAUUUGAACUAUCUGCUGGGCAAGCUGUCGCUCAUGUCCAGCGAGUUUGGCAACAUCAAGAAGGGUCUGGCCGACUCGCUUGUCGAUCUGCGCAACUCCUUCCAAAUGAUUCAUGAGCGCAUGCCCAGCAGCAACGCUGGUCCGCACAACAUUGAGAAGAAUCAGUAUCUAACCGAUGUGAAUCUGCUGUCCAAGCGCCAUGCUCAGUCCGAGCGCGUCUAGACUCCAAAACAGUCAA